CCCAAGCGCGCAGGCGCGAAGCCCGCGGGUGCGCAUCGCUUCCGGUUGGGCCCUCGGCCCGGCACGGGAAAGCGGUUUCCUUCGGUGGAGCCCGGUGUACCCUGCCUCAGGGCCGGUAUGGAGAAGCUCAGGCGGGUGCUGACCGGGCAGGACGAUGAGGAGCAGGGACUGACGGCGCAGGUCCUUGAUGCCUCAACACUUAGCACUGGUACUCGAAUCAGAUGGUUUGCCAUAUGUUUUGUUGCUGGCGUCGUGUGUUCUUUUCUUGGAACAGCAUUGCUAUGGCUCCCACAGGGGAUCAAACUUUUUGCUGUGUUUUACACCCUGGGAAACAUUGCUGCAUUAGCCAGUACAUGUUUCCUGAUGGGGCCACUGAAGCAAUUGAAAGCGAUGUUUGAGCCCAAGAGAUUAAUAGCUACAGUUGUGAUGCUGCUUUGCCUAAUACUGACCCUGUGUGCUGUAUUCUGGGGCAAAAAAGGUUUGGCAAUGUUAUUCUGCAUAUUGCAGUUCUUGGCAAUGACCUGGUAUAGUCUGUCGUAUAUUCCUUUUGCAAGGGAUGCUGUGAUUAAAUGCUUCUCAUCCUGCCUAGCGUAAAUUAAAAACAGAAACCACUGUCCACUUUAAAAGGCAACUUUUAUUCCUCUGUGAACUUUGCUCUGAAAACUCUACUUUUCUAUUCAUGAAAUGCCCAGUAAGAAUUUAGUAUGUUCCUUGCCUUCUGCAUUUGGGGGAUUAAGUAUUUUUUACUGAAAACAGUUUAAAAAUAAACUGGGCAAACUGUUUGUGUUUACCCUGAAGCUUUUGGGGUCUUUUUUUUUUUUUUAACAGAAUGGCACAUUUUAAAUACUUUGUGCAGCAUGGUCUUAAAGCUACCCUGCAUCCAGUAACAGUUUAUUCCCCAGUGGAGGCAAGCUGAUAAGAUCUGGGCAGUAUGCGUAAAGAUUUCAUUUGCAGUUCUGUCUAAAAUUUGCAAUGUACCAUUUAUGUUUGUAUACUGUUAAUUGUUUGUUUUUCCAAAGACGGAGUUUUAUAAAUGUUGUAAAGACUUUGUAAGUUAUAAUUAACUGCUCCUUUGAAAUGUCUGUACAUGUGCCUUAUGGAAAAAGCUUAAUGAGAGUAUGUGAUAGGUCUGUUUAAAGCUUGUUGGAUUUUAUUAAAAGCUGUCUUUUA